CCUAUCUCUGUCAUGUUGAAGACAACUAUUCUGUUCCACCUAACUGAAAACUGAUAGAAUUACUACUUUUCUAUAACAUAGUGAUUCAUUCUAUGUGACAUUUACCAUGCCAUGCACCUAAUAACCAGGAACAAGAAGUUCGAGAAGUAAGGCACGGCAUCAGUACACUGACAUAGGCUGAGACACAACUGAAAAUGGAGAAAAAUAUAUGGAAAAACACAUUUGAGAAUGAACUAACGGACUGUGGAAUUGAUAGUGUGUGGAGCUUUUGUGUGGAAGAUAACCUCCGAGCACAGCCACCCUACCUGCAGUACUCACAACGCACCUUUGCAAGGUUCCAAUGCUCAUUCUGUUCACGACAGUGGAACUCUGCACAAGUACAUAUCCUGGUUUUAAUAAACUGGAACAAAAUUAAUAGAUGUGGCAAUGUGAAAAUGAGGAUCUUCAAGCAAAGCUGUAGACGGUGUAAUCAUUCUACUUUAGAAAAUCCUGAAAUCACCAAAGAGAACAUCAGACGAGUUAUCGGCAAUGUGGUCGGCAAGAUCCAAAGCAUGGUCUAUGGAUACACUACAAGUCCAACAUUAGAGCCUGUGGUGUACAGCGACGAUGUAGAUGGUCCUCAUGAGAGGCAGCAUUGUGAGGCUUGUAAGAUGAACGUGUGUCCAUGGAAUACACAGUAUGGUGAGAAAGCAAAAGUAAUCAAGUUCCAGUCAACAAAUGUCCACCCAGAGGCAAGUUCAAGAACUCAAGAACAGUAUAAAAAAACCUCCUGGGCAACAAACACUCCUACAUACACUCAGACUACAGCAGCUUAUAACGAAGAAAAUAAUGUAAUACUUUGUCUCAUAUUUGUACUAGUAAUAAUUUUUUUGCUAUUAAUGAGUAUGUCAAAAUAGUAGACAGAAAUGUGUCAUCUACACCACUGUACAGAAUAUAUUGUAGAAAAAAAAAAAUCAAGCAAUGAACUCAUAGAAAUAGAUUAGUUGGAAAAAUUAGAAACAGAAAAACAGUUUACCAAUAAAAAAGUAAUCUUAAAUAAUCUUAUCUAUUGCCUCAUGCAUAUCAUAAAUCAGUGGGUAUGUGGCCUGCAAAAUGUCUGCACAGAAGCUGCAAACCAUACACAGGUUAAUCAAUGCAAAAAAAUAAAUAUAUAUAUAUAUAUAUAUAUUUAAAUAGUAAAACAUAACUAAAACUAUGUAAUUUUAGUAAUGCUGCAAGCAUAUUGACCCACAGAGUGAAGUUAACAUGUCAUUUAUUACACACAAAAAACUCCAAAACAAGACCCAGAAAACAAUGGUGUAAUCCCUUUUAUAUGAAUUUACCCCAAUUUAACUUUUUCAAUGCAUUGAAUGGUACCCUGUAUAUAUAAUUUAAAAAACAAAAAUAUUAACCUCUUGAGGACAAAGGGCAUACAUGUACGCCCUUGUCCCACUCCUAUCCUAUGACGUGCGCUCAGGAGCUGAGCGUGGGUCAUAGCAGGGUGGUCCUGACAGCUAUCUGUUGCCAGGACCUGUGGCUAAUGCCGCACAUCACCGAUGCCCCAUGAUGCCCCGGCAUUAAUCCCUAAGAUGUCGCGAUCAAAGCUGAGAGGACAGUGGGAGGGCCCUUACCUGCCUCCUUGCAGUACGAUCAAUGAUCUGAUGCUCCAGUCAGCCAUGGCAGACUGGGGGAGCAGAGCACCGCUAACACUGAUCAAUGCUAUGCUAUGGCAUAUCAUUGAACAGUGUAUGCAAUCUGAAGAUUGCAUGUAAUAGUCCCCUAUGGGGACUAUAGAAUUGUGUAAACAAAAGUUAAUAAAAUGUAUUUAACCCUUCCCUAAUAAAAGUUUGAAUCACUCCCCUUUUCUUUUUUAAAAGAAGUAAAACAAUCAAACCUAUUAAGAUUGGGUAUCAUUUUAAUCGUAUGGACCUACAAAAUAAAUAUAAGGUGUCAUUUUUACCGAAAAGGGCACUGCGCGGAAUUGAAAGCCCCCAAAAUUACAAAAUUGUGUUUUUUUUUUUUUCAAUUUUGCCCCAAAAAUAUCUUAGAAGGGGAGGAGGAAAAAAUGAAAGUGCAAAACUGAAAAAUGGCCCGGUCCUCAAAGAGUUAAGGGGGGACUGACUAAGACCUUUACUCAAUCAAGAUGUAAAGUACAUCUUUAUUAAGUUUUCAAUAUUAGAUUUAUAGCAGCAUUAUAAACCUCUGUUUUUUUUGUUUCUCUCUCACCUUCUAAGGCUGCUUUCACACUAUAAAAAUACUUCCGUUAUGAACGCCCGUUAUAAAAAGCCUGGAAAUCAGCAGUUAUACAGCCGAUACAAAAUCACUAACGGCCGUUAGAAAAUCCCAUUAUAGUCUAUGGGAUUUUUCUAAUUGCCGUUUUAACCGUUAUCGCCCAUUAUUAAUAACGGCCGUUAUUUUGUGACGGGCGAAUGGGUGGAAGAAAUAGUGCAUGCAUUUACUGAACAAUCGUGUACCAUAUAUGUCUGGCAGUAAUUAAUAAUUAUGUACAAUGCAAUGUCAUUUUAUUUCCCGGUUAUCAAUGCAAAAUUAUUACAGGGCAAUGUUGCUACUUUGUGCCAAGCAUGAGUUGGACCCAUACCCUUUGUAGCAGUACACUAUCUAUGUAGUCCAUGCUCAAGUUAGUUUCAUGUGUGGUUUUCUUUUCUUGCUGCCUAUAGAGGUGUGAAUAAUUACUUAAUUGUUUAAAUACUGUAGAUAUUCCCACUGGGUUUUCUGAUUGCCUUGUGGAUUUUAAACCAAUGAUGUAAUGGAUCAUGUGACUCUAUAAUCAUGUAUAUUAGUAGUGUGGUUUGUAAUGUUCGUCAGUCUACGAUAAAGCACCGGCAGGUGUGAAACGUGUCAGACAAGCCUUUCUGUAUGUGACUUUGGUCUCAAGACUUCAAUAAAGCAAGCUC